CCGCCUGCUGGAGCCGGGCCCGCCUGCGAGUCGGCUGGGUGGCUCGGCGGUGUGGUGGAGCGGUGUCGUUCGCGAAGCGACGGUCCCCCCUCUACAAGUGAGGUCACCAGGCUACUUGUCUUGGUGGGAAGCAAGGGCCCACCCUCCAGUGAUCCGUGUCUCCAAAGCAGGAGGCUUUCUGUGCAUGUGAAACCCAAACGUGUGACACCUGGACAGGAGCCUGUCCCUCCAGAAUGAAGGUCUUCCUGCCCCUGCUGCUGGCCGCCCUUCUGGGUGUGGAGCGAGCCCACUCCCUGGUGUGCUUCUCCUGCACGAAUCAGAACAGCAACUUCUACUGCCUGAAGCCCACCAUCUGCUCCGACUCUGACAACUACUGCGUGACCAUAUCUGCUGCGGCCGGCGUGGGGAACAUGGUGGACUUUGGCCACAGCCUGAACAAGGGCUGCUCUCCCGUCUGCCCCGCACCUCCCAACAUCAACAUCGGCGUGGCAUCCAUGGGCACCCACUGCUGCCAGAGUUUCCUGUGCAACAUCAGCGCGGCUGACGGUGGGCUGCGGGCCAGCUCCGCCCUGCUCGGCCUCGGGCUCCUGCUCAGCCUGCUGUCCGCGCUGCUGCGCCCGGGCGCCUGACCACAGGACCUGUGCCGGCCCUGCCUCCCAAGCUCAGGAAGGAAAACCCAGCCCCGCCUGACCCUCGGCUCCUCGACCUGCCCCGUCCUGCCCCUUCCGCCUCAGUCCCCACCGUCAGGCCUGUCCCCUGCGCCUACUCCUGCCCCAGAGGGCCAGCUGCCCUCAAUUCCAGGGUCAAUGAUGAGACUGUCCUCAGAUGAGGGUCCCUCUGGAGCCUUUGAGUUCAGCAGUCAGAACUGAGUCACAGAGACACUGGAAAGGGUGCCGAACCCCAGGCCCUGCUCCCAUCCGGGCCCUGUCUGCCCGACAAUGACAUGGGAACAUGCAACUAACCCCAGCUGUGUGGAGGGGUGUCUGUGAGGCCCUGUUGGCUGUGCUGGGGGAACGGUUGGGGGUACGCAGCUCGAGAGCCCUGAGCUCCAACACCAGAGCCAGUUCUUGGGCACUUCUGUACCCCCCCACACACACACACUCCACAGCAGCCUCCAGGUCUAGGCUGUGGGCCCAGGGGUCAGCCCUCACCCUCACCCCCAGCUCGGCCCCCACCACCCCCACCCCCACCCGGAAGCCUCUU